AUGCUCAAGAAGAUUGAUGGUGUGUACUCCGUAGAGAUAGAUGCAGAAACCCAGGUGGUGACCGUGUCAGGAACUGUGGAUUCUGCCACUCUGAUCAAGAAGUUGAGCAAAGUGGGGAAGUUUGCAGAGCUUUGCUCUUCAGGGGAUCCGUCCAACAAUAGCAGCCGAAGUCAACUUCAAGCUCCUGCCCUUCAAGGGCAACAUAGCCGUCCUUUCCACAACGGCAGCCACAACACCGGGACUGGCUCUGCUGGCACGACAAACCCUGGGAAUUCGAAUGCUGUGGCCAUGGUGGGAGGCUUGGACAACAAUGGAGCUUCAUUAGUAAGGCCUCAUACAGCAGGGUUUCAUGGCACCGGUCACACUUCUUCCAGGUUUGCUGGGAUGCCACCAAGUUAUGAGCUGAAUCGCCAGCCAGCGAUGGCAAUUGUCAACAGCCAGCAAGACUCGUACCACAACUUCCCGUCUGCAGACAUGAACAGCAACAACUAUUUUGGGAAUAGUGAUAUGAGGUUCACUGCUCAUCAACCUCUGAUGAUGAGUCAUGCACUUUCGUCACAGCCUGCUACCGUUCCUAUGACCAAUCUUGAUUAUGGCCAUCAUGAGGCAGCGCAGCAGCUUUACCAUUACAUAGGAUAUCAAUAG